UUUUGUUUGUAAGUGUUUUCACCUUCACCCGUCUCACUAAUAAAAACGCAUAUUUUCAUUCUGCACUGAACCUUCUUCGUUUCGGCUACGCUCUCUUUCUCUCUCUCGCUCACAACGCAAUCUUUCUCCAACCCUUGGAUCUCAUCUUUCUGGUUCGGUUGGGGUUUUUCGUUUUCGAGUUCAAUCCGUAGCUUUUGGUUAUCGAAUCUUCGCAAAUUCUUCUAGGUUUUAUCUAUUCUUGUUUUCAUUAGGUUUAUGCAUGAUUGGAGGUGAAGCUGUGAUUAUAUAGUUAAAAAAUGGGUUUUGAUAAUGAGUGCAUAAUUAAUAUUCAAUCUCUUGCUGGAGAGUAUUUUUGUCCUGUUUGUCGUCUUCUUGUGUUUCCGAAUGAAGCUUUACAGUCGCAAUGUACUCAUUUGUAUUGUAAGCCGUGUUUGACGUAUGUCGUGAGUACUACCAGAGCUUGUCCUUAUGAUGGUUAUUUGGUCACCGAGGCCGAUUCCAAGCCUUUGAAAGAGUCGAAUAAGCCAUUGGCUGAAACUAUUGGAAAAAUAGCAGUUCAUUGCCUGUACCAUAGGAGUGGAUGCUCAUGGCAAGGAACUUUGUCUGAUUGUACAACUCAUUGUUCUGGAUGUACUUUUGGAAAUUCUCCGGUGGUUUGCAAUAGGUGUGGGAUUCAAAUAGUGCAUCGUCAAGUAGAAGAACAUGCACAAACUUGUUCUGGUCAGAUGCAGCAGGGGGCCGUUACCCAGGAUCCUUCAGCUACCGGUGCUACUGCUGUUGCAUCUACUGAUCAGAGCCAGACUGCUGCUCCAGCUGCAGACACAGCUUCACAACCGGUGACUUCUCAAACAGUUGUUGCAACUACUGCAGCUGGGCAUGUUCCGAAUCAGCUACCCAACCCGGCAUCUCAAACCCAAGCUUUAGGUCAAGCUGUUGUGCAGCCAACGGCAGAGCAAUGGUAUCAGCAGCAACAAUAUCAACAAUACUACCAGCAAUACCCCGGACAAGAUCCAUACCAACAGCAGUAUCAACAGUAUUACGCCUAUCAACAGGCUGCAGUUCCACAAUACCAGCAGGCCUAUGUCCAGCCUCAGCCACAAGCACAACCCCUGUCACAGCCUCAACCUCAAGCACAACCGGUUUCACAUGUGCAGACUCCUGCGGUCCCACAAUCUCAGAAUCAGAUGCAAGUUCACCAACAACCACAACAGCUUCAACCUGCUGUACAGCCACAUGGUCAGAUGAGUCACCCACCUGGCCAUGGUCUCCCUCAGCCACAGUCUUAUCCUUACCCCCAAGUUCAGCCUCAUUCUGGGCAACCUCAACCCCAUAUGCAAAUCACUCCUUAUCAGCAACCUCAUCCUCAAAUGCAGCAUUCACAGCCUCAAAAUCAGCAACCUGUUCAGAAGUAUCCUGUUCCUCAACCUCAAGUUCAUUCACAAAUGCAACCUAAUGCUGCAGUUCAACAUCCUUCUCAGCCUCAGAUGCAAUCCCACCAACCCAUGACUCCUAAUGUACAACCUCAAGUGCAAAAUGCAAUGCCACAUGCAGUGACAGGUCAUCAGUCUUAUCCCCAACCUCUGCCUCAUCAGAAUAUGCAAGUGGGAGCCCCUCAAUCUAAUAUCCACUUGAAUCCUCAAAGUGGGCCUCAACACCAGCAGGGCCAGCAUGCUGUCCAGAUGCAGAAUCAGUUUCCUCAGCAAACUCCAAUGAUGCGCCCAAAUCAGUCACAUGCUAUGUAUCCUAACCAGCAAGGUCAAAACACCCUUCCUCUGCAGCAGCAGCAGCAGCCAGGAUAUAAUCCUAAUCAACAAACUGGACAAACCAAUAAUCAACGUCCUAUUUCACAACCGGUUCAACAAAUAUUACCUCAACAACCAUUUGCGCAACACCAGAUCCCCAUGCCAUCUCAUCUACGACCCCAAGGUCCAGUAAAUUCAUUUCCCAAGCAGGCUUAUCCACAGCCCAAGGGUAAUAUUGCACCAUCUCAAAAUGCUGUUGGAAGGCCUUCAAUUCCCAAUCAUGCAGGACAUGUACAGCCAUCUGCACAAUCUGCCAAUACAAUUCCUGUUAAUAAUCAAGUGCAGUCAAGGGCACCAGAACCAAUUGAUAAACAAAAUGUCACUGAGCAACAAACCGACUCUGCCUCUGGGAAACUUGGAAAAAAUGAGUUGAAAUCUGAAAAGGAAACAAAUUUGAAAUCAACUGAGGUUGGGAGUAAGCAAAAUAGUGAAGAUCCACACUCUGUGAAGACUUCAGGUCCAAAUGCUAAUGCAUUAGAAAAUGGUGAUACAUUGCAUAAGAAUGUUGGAAAGGGAGAGGCUUCUGGAAACACUGGGGUUCAACAUAAUAGUAAUAAUGAGCAUGCUGUUGUUCAAGGCAAUGAGAUUCAAGAUGGACCUCCGCUGAAGACAGACACUAAAUUAUCUGAAUCAGAAACUGACAAACUGCAUAGCGACGAUAAAUGUGCUCCAAGACCUUCUGGUGCUGACUCUCAGACCAAUGGUGGUCAUGGACCUGGGGGGUUAGCUCAGCCACAUCCAACAGGUCCAAAUCAGCAUCUCUCUGCAACAUACGCUUCAACUCUUCUCAGGAAUCAUGGAACCGCACCUGCUCAUCAUUCUGGACAGCACUUAAACUCAAUGGAUAAUUUUCAGCCAACCAUGUUCAAGCAACCACAUGGUUCUGAUGUCCAGUUUAAUAUUCCAGGGCGUAACUUUCAACCCCAGCCUCAUGGACCCCCAGCAGGACCAUAUAACCAUGUUCAUGAACCACCUUUCCAUAAUGGAGCUUCCAAUUUGUCUCGAGGGCCACCGUUCGGUGCACCCCCACAUGGAGAUAUGCAUGGUGGAAUGGCAUCCAACUUUCCACCACACACUCCUGAAGGUUUUGGUGUGCAAGAUGAAAGGUUCAAAUCUUUUCAGAUUCCUAGUCAACAAAAUAUUGAUCGGAGAGAGUUUGAAGAAGAUCUCAAAAAAUUCCCUAGGCAUCCUUUGGAUGCUGAGCCAGGUUCUAAAUUUGGAAAUCAUUCAUUUGGUCCACAUGAAGCUGGAAAGAGGCCAGUUGGUUUUCAUGAUGAGGCCAUCAAGAAAGCAGGUUCAAAUCUUCAUCCUGGUCAUCUUGGACCAGGUCCUGGAUAUGGGGUACAUCACAUGGAUGGUAUGGCUCCAAGAAGUCCUGGUAGUGAAUACAUUGAUAUGCCUUCCAGGAGAUUGGGGCCCCUCUCUGGUGGUCUUAUUAGUAAGUCAGGUAUUGAUGAUUUUGAAGGCAGAACUGCAAGUCGAUUUGGUGAUUCAGUUGGCAUUGCAUUCCGUGAUGGUCGAUUUCCUCAUCCCCCUAGCCAUUUGCCUAGAGAUGAAUUUGACGGUUUUGGUAAUUUUCGAAUGGGUGAACAUCCAAGGAGGGGCAAUUUCAUUGGUCAAGACGAAUUUACUGGCCAUUUCCAAAGGGGUGAGCAUUUGGGUGCACACGAUUUUCCUAGACAUUUGCAGCUUGGGGAGCGUAUCGGUUUUGGGGAUCAUCCUGGUCAUAUGCGAGCCUUUGAACUUAGUGGUUCUCGGAGUUUUGAAUCUUUUACCAAAGGCAAUCGGCCAGGUCAUCCACAGCUCGGUGAACCUGGGUUUAGGAGCAGCUUUUCCCAUGCAGGAUUUAAUAAUGAUGCUGGAUUUUUAACAGGAGAUACCAGGUCCUUUGAUAAUUUGAGGAGAAGAAAGGCUGCCAGUAUGGGAUGGUGCCGGAUAUGCAAAGUCGACUGUGAAACUGUCGAAGGCUUGGAAUUGCAUUCUCAAACAAGGGAGCAUCAGAAGAUGGCCAUGGAUAUAGUUAAAACAAUCAAACAAAAUGCAAAGAAACAGAAACUAAUACCCAGUGAACAAUCCUCAGUUGAAGAUGGAAACAAGAUGCGAGCUACUGGUUAUGAGGGUCACGGAAAUAAGCAUUGAAUGGUUGUGGUUUGCUGUAGUUAUGAUCCACUCUCAUGCUGUUUCGCCAAAAGUGUUGCGGUUGCAGUUAUCAUGUUAAAUGGAGAUGCUUUUUGGAUCUGAAGUCCUGUGGCAAAUCGCUUCCUAGUUAAAGAUUAUAUCAUCUUUCUAUCACAAUGUUGGGAGCUUUCAUUGAAGUGGUGAGAUAGACUUCUUGAUUGGUGAUUCUGGGUCUCAAUCUCUACCUUGUCAAUGUGUUUUUAUCAGAUAGGAGCUGAUAAGUGACAACAUUGUGUCUCUCUAAGGAUUUUGCUCGAGGCAUAGAAUGGUGAUUUUAGUCUGCAGGACAAGUAUACACAAAAUAUGCUCGUUGAUUUUAUCCUCUAUUGUUGGUAAAAAAUAAAUAAAUUUAUCCUGUAUUGUAUUGACUUAGAGAUUUUAAAAUAUUUCAAAUUAUGAUUAGCUCUUUGUUUUAGAACCUGAUAUCAUAUAUGUUCCAAAUGUCAAAUUGUCA